GAAGCAAAAGGCUGGCACCGUGAUAUAAAAGAACACAUUGCCGCAGGAAGGUUUUUCAAAGUUAACACGGUAAAUUCAGCCAGAAGGAGCUCAUGAUGCACAAGGAAAUUAUUUGGACCCUCAUAGUCACGGCCUUAGGUAUUUGUAGCGGCCAGAACUCUCAGGAUGAAAAUCUCUGUCUCGACACGCCCGAUUUCGGUCAAGGCCGGAAUGUUGUAAAAGGAUGGAGUUACAACUCGGAACUCGACAAGUGCUACGUAUUUGAUCAUGUGAAAAGAGAUGACUACAGCAACGAAAAUAUAUUCCUGGAUGAAUCUUCUUGCAACAAACGAUGCAGACCAAAUGUUCCUGCCAAGUGCUACGCAAAACCACCAUCGAGCGAGGGAUCAUUAGACUUUCCAGUUGUGACUUAUGAUCGAACCACCGGAAAAUGUUUGCCGAUUCGUGCGCCCGACGAAGAUCAAACAAAAAACGUGUUUAGAAGUGAUGCCUCCUGCACAAAGGAGUGUCGAGAUACGGAUCUACGCUUGUGCCUUAACCCCAAUGAAGAUGACUGCGAAUAUAUUGGCAGCCCGAGUUAUGGAUACGAUCCUAAGGAUCAAACUUGCAAAGAAAAAACUGAUGGGUCUUGCGGCGGAUUUCGAUCUGUCGAAGACUGCUUCAAGCGCUGCGGACCUCUGGUAGAGAACAAAUGCAGGCUGCCAAUACAACAUAUACUUACAUGUGAGGAACCCCAAAAAACAUACGGAUACAAUGAAAAAACGCAGCAAUGCGAGGAACGUCUUGGCUGUGCUGAUGGUGGAAACAGUUUCCAGGAAGCUGAACAGUGCUGGAAGAACUUAAGAAUCAACCCAUCGUUGCAGUAUGAAACCAGACACUGGGCGUUUUCCAAAAAUUGGAUUCUACACGCGGUAUUAUUUUGA